AUGUCGCGUUUCUUUGUUUUCGCUUUCUUGUGUCUAUUAUGGAACGUGUCCGGCGGACCAUGCCGAAUGUCACCGUUGGCCACAUUUUUGACCGACGACCAACAGAAAACUCUUCACAAUAUAAUUGUGUUGGCUCGGAAUGCUGGGGUUAGCGAGGAUAUGGUCAAAGAAUCGAUGGAUGAAUAUCUUGCUGAAAUUCUGUCGCCAGAGAAACUCGUUGAGCUCAAAGCGGCUCAUGAUGAGUUCGAGCGACAACGACGCGGAAAACGAGAAGCGUCCGAGUUUGAAAAGCCGGAACCGAAGAAGGUGUUUGAUAUCAUUGAUCAGUUCACAAGCGAUUAUCAAAAAUUCUACGAGGAGCCAAUUGUGAAUCGAAAACGCAAUUUCUAG